UCGCUNCUCCCCUCUCUUUGCACCCAUCCCUCUUUGUACCGCACCCCCUGGGGACCCCUGCGCCCCUCCCCUCCCCCCUGGCCGCAUGGACCGUCCCGCAGGCCGCUGAUGCCGCCCGCGGCGAGGUGGCCCGGACUGCAGCGCCCGAGAGAGCUCUAAUGGUACCAAGUGACACGUCAGCCUUCCUGUAACACAGGGACGCCAGAUCUGAGAAGAUGUCGGCAAUACAGGCCGCCUGGCCAUCCGGUACAGAAUGUAUUGCCAAGUACAACUUCCAUGGCACCGCUGAGCAGGACCUUCCCUUCUGCAAAGGAGACGUGCUCACCAUUGUGGCUGUCACCAAGGACCCCAACUGGUACAAAGCCAAGAACAAGGUGGGCCGUGAGGGCAUCAUUCCAGCCAACUAUGUCCAGAAGCGGGAGGGCGUAAAGGCGGGUACCAAACUCAGCCUCAUGCCCUGGUUCCAUGGCAAGAUCACACGGGAGCAGGCCGAGCGGCUUCUCUACCCGCCGGAGACAGGCCUGUUUCUGGUGCGGGAGAGCACCAACUACCCCGGGGACUACACGCUGUGCGUGAGCUGCGAAGGCAAGGUGGAGCACUACCGCAUCAUGUACCAUGCCAGCAAGCUCAGCAUCGAUGAGGAGGUGUACUUCGAGAACCUCAUGCAGCUGGUGGAGCACUACACCUCAGACGCAGAUGGGCUCUGUACUCGCCUCAUCAAACCAAAGGUCAUGGAGGGCACAGUGGCGGCCCAGGAUGAGUUCUACCGCAGUGGCUGGGCACUGAACAUGAAGGAAUUGAAGCUGCUGCAGACCAUCGGGAAGGGGGAGUUUGGAGAUGUGAUGCUGGGCGAUUACCGAGGGAACAAAGUUGCUGUCAAGUGCAUUAAGAACGAUGCCACUGCCCAGGCCUUUCUGGCUGAAGCCUCGGUCAUGACGCAACUGCGGCACAGCAACCUGGUACAGCUUCUGGGCGUGAUCGUGGAGGAGAAGGGCGGGCUCUACAUCGUCACUGAGUACAUGGCCAAGGGGAGCCUGGUGGACUAUCUGCGGUCACGGGGUCGGUCGGUGCUGGGCGGAGACUGUCUCCUCAAGUUCUCACUAGACGUCUGUGAGGCCAUGGAAUAUCUGGAGGGCAACAACUUCGUACACCGGGAUCUGGCUGCCCGCAAUGUGCUGGUGUCUGAGGACAACGUGGCCAAGGUCAGCGACUUUGGCCUUACCAAGGAGGCCUCCAGCACCCAGGACACGGGCAAACUGCCAGUCAAGUGGACAGCUCCCGAGGCCCUGAGAGAGAAGAAAUUCUCCACCAAGUCUGAUGUGUGGAGUUUUGGAAUCCUUCUCUGGGAAAUCUACUCCUUUGGGCGAGUGCCUUAUCCAAGAAUUCCCCUGAAGGAUGUCGUCCCUCGGGUGGAGAAGGGCUACAAGAUGGACGCCCCCGAUGGCUGCCCACCCGCAGUCUACGAGGUCAUGAAGAAUUGCUGGCACCUGGACGCCGCUGUGCGGCCCUCCUUCCUACAGCUUCGAGAGCAGCUCGAGCACAUCAAAACCCACGAGCUGCGCCUGUGACCACCGGCCUCGGCCCAGUCACGGGCCUGUGGGGACUGAACCCGGAAGGUCGUGGACCCUGCUUGCUGGGCCCAAACUGGAACUGAGCCCCAGCGGGCCGGUGGG